AUGUCCGCCAUAGCCAUCGACCCGGGCCAGAGCUUCAUUGGGAACGACGGCCUCUGGUCGCCUGUACCCAUCAAAGUCGGGUCCAAGUACGUGUAGCCACCCCUACGCUGAUGGACAUGAGAGACUGACAGGGACCCACAGGGCGGCUCCGUUGCUCUUAUUGCCCUCAACAUCUCAGUCGUCGAUUUGGACUCUUCGACUCGACGCCUGUACCAACAGUAAUGCCGCGCCAAACUGUACCCUCCUCCGCGGCGGCACCUGGGAUACCGCCGAAUCCGUCUCUUAUAAACAGAUCACCAGGCCCGGCUCUACGUCAAGCAACUUUCUUCUCCCGUGGACUGCUGAGACCGCUCUCAGCUCGCCUAACUUGACCAACACGAUAGAUCUCAAUGCUAGCGCAACCGCGGGUCAAGAUACAAUCGCAUUCGGCUACCAAGCAAACAACGGGCCGCCCCUCACACAACAAACCAUAUACUCAUACUCAGGCAACGCCCCCUAUGUCGGACUGUUGGGCCUCUUGCCGUAUGCAUCCGAGUUCCAAGACGUGGCGGGGACCUUCAACAGCUCGCUCGGGGAUCUCAGCGCCACACGCGCUAUCAAGAGCGCUUUCUAUGCCUACAACGCGGGAGCGUACUAUCGAACUGCAUGGUCAAGUCUUGUCCUCGGCGGCUAUGAUGCCAAGCGAGGCGAUCCGCGAAGUGGUCUGGAGGUUCCGAUGGGCCAGCAGACCGAUCGAGACCUCCUCAUCUACGUGAACGACAUAUCCUUGAGUACGAAUGGGGCUAUCACGCACGUCACAAAUACCGCCUCGCAGCCGUGGAUGAUCGAUUCUACCAUCCCCGAGAUUUGGCUUCCGCUCUCCGCAUGCCAGGUCUUCGAAGACGCUUUCGGCCUCGUCUACAACUUCACUAGCCAGAUGUACUUCAUCGAUACCGCCUUACACGAUACCCUGCUACAACGAAACGCAUCCGUGACAUUCACAUUAUCGGGCGAUGCGGCUGGUACGAACAAGACCUCCAUCUUCUUUCCUUUCGCCGCCUUCAACCAGACUGCUGCUUGGCCGAUCAUUGGAGGACCGAAUUCGAGCUAUACAUCCGCGACCCGCCAAUACUUUCCCCUGAAGCGAGCGGCAGACAAUUCACAAUUCUUCCUGGGAAGGACAUUUCUGCAAGAAGCGUGAGCGUUUCAAUAUCUACAAGUGACAAGGUCUUGCUAAUCUACUACAGCUACCUCGCAGCCGACUACGACAACCGCAUCUUCUACCUCUCACCAGCCACAUUCAGCCCAGACCACGCGACCGACAUCCGGACCUGGCCCGAUUCCUCCAGCACCCUCAGCCGCGGCGCCAUUGCCGGCAUCGCCCUCGGCGCCGUAGCAGCCCUAGCCCUCCUCGCAGGCCUCCUCUUCCUCUACUGGAAGAAACGCUCCCACAAGCGCGCGAGAGAACGCGAACGCGAACGAGCCUCCUGGCGCGCCUCCAGCAUGGGCGGAACGACAAUCAACGACGAAGUCAUGUCCAUGCAACACCGACACGAAUACUUCAAACCACCCCCGGGCAUGUCCGAGGCCCCCAACAACAACAACAACAACGACGACGAAGCUUCCGAUCAAUUCAAAGCCGAACUCGACGCGCGCUUCACGGCUCGCGGAUUCCUAAAUGAGAGACAUGAACUCGACGCCGGCUCGGUUUCGCGGUCUAGUCUGGGAGGAGGAGGCGCCGUGUCGCCUUUCCGACCCCGCCAUUCUAGACUCCCCUCCGACCCUUCCUCGCUCGGCGUGCCGUCGCCGCUGAUGUCCGAUCGCCCUUCGCCGCCGCUGCCCUCCGCGGGGGAGGGGACGCCUUUUGGAGCUGCUGGGAGUCCGAGUCCGUUUGGAGGGACACCGCCUGCUGUCGAAGAGGGCAGACAAUGGUUCGGUGGCGGGCCGUUCGAGAUGGGGCUCGGUACUGUCAGACACCGCGCUGGGAGGCGGACGGCGCCUGAUGUUGUUGCUCCGGAGAGUGGAAUUUUUGAGAAUGGGAAUGAGGCGGAGACGGCGGCUGCACAGACUGGACAGACCCCUGCUCCUGCUCCUGUGAUUUCUGAGGCAGUGGGAGUCUCCUCAGAGCACUCUGAAAGUCACGGCGAAGCGGUCUCUGCAUCUGGUCAUGAACAACAUCAUGAUGAAAUGCUACCUAGCCAGCGAGAACAGGAAGCGCAGACAGACGCCCACUGA